GCCCCAGAGAUGUCGGGCCGUGGUGGCGCCGCCCUGCUCUGCCUCUCGGCGCUGCUCGCCCACGCCUCCUGCCGCUCCCACUCAGCCAGUCCCACCCCGCCAGGGCCGCACGCCAGCCCCGUGCUGCCGGUCAGCUACCGCCUGUCCCACACGAGGCUGGCCUUCUUCCUGCGAGAGGUGCGGCCCCCGUCACCAGCAGCGUCCAAUGGCUCCCUACAACGCUCUGAGCCCUUCGUGGUGUUCCAAACCAAGGAGCUGCCGGUCCUCAACGUGUCCCUGGGACCCUUCAGCACCAGCCAGGUGGUGGCACGCGAGCUCCUGCAGCCGUCUAGCACCCUGGACAUCCCCGAGCGCUUGACAGUCAACUGGAAGGUACGCGCCUUCAUAGUGCGUGCGCGCGUGCCCGCCUCGCAGCCUGUGGCGCAGGUGCUGUUCUACGUGGCUGGCCGUGACUGGGACGACUUCGGCGUCACCGAGCGGCUGCCCUGUGUCCGCCUGCACGCCUUCCGCGAUGCCCGCGAGGUCAAGAGUUCCUGCCGUCUCAGCGGGGGCCUGGCCACCUGUCUGGUGCGCGCUGAGCUGCCCCUGGCCUGGUUCGGGCCCCCAGCGCCCGCUGUGCCACCAAGCGCUCGCCGCAAGUCUCCAGACGGACUGGAGCCCGAGGUAGCUAGCGAGGCCCAGCAGGCAGAACUCUAUUACACGCUGCACGCCCCGGACGCGGCUGGCGGUUGUGGGGGCUCGCGGCGGGGCCCCGGACAGGGCAUGGGCUCACGGGCAGAGAGCCCCACACAGCACCCGCUGCUGCGCAUAGGCAGCAUCAGUCUAUUCCGCCCACCGCCGCAAAGGACGCUGCAGGAGCACCGGCUGGACGGCAACCUGGUGAUCCGCCUGCCGGACCGUCCCCUCAAGCCGGGGGAGGUGCUCAGCAUCCUCCUCUACCUGGCCCCCAACUCCUCCUCGCCCUCCACCCCCAGCGUGGAGCACUUCACUCUCAGGGUGAAGGCCAAGAAGGGCGUGACCCUUCUAGGCACCAAGUCUCGGAGUGGCCAGUGGCACGUGACCUCGGAACUGCUGACUGGGGCGAAGCAUUCCACGGCUACUGUAGAUGUGGCUUGGGCCCAGGGCACACCCUUGCCCCCCUGGGAAAGCCAGGGUCCCCUGGAGAUCCUGCAGCUGGACUUUGAGAUGGAAAACUUCACCAGCCAGUCAGUAAAGCGCAGGAUCAUGUGGCACAUUGACUACCGUGGCCAUGGUGCCCUGCCUGACCUGGAGAGGGCAGUUACAGAGCUGACAGUCAUUCAGCGAGACGUGCAGGCCAUUCUGCCCCUGGCCAUGGAUACAGAGAUCAUCAAUACAGCCAUCUUGACAGGCCGGACCGUGGCCAUCCCUGUCAAGGUCAUUGCCAUCGAGGUGACCGGUCUGGUCCUAGAUGUCUCUGCCCUAGUGGAAUGCGAGUCUGACAAUGAGGACAUCAUCAAGGUGUCCAGCAGCUGCGACUAUGUAUUUGUGAGUGGAAAAGAGUCUCAAGGAUCCAUGAACGCCAGGGUCACCUUCCGCUACGACGUCCUCAGUGCCCCCCUGGAGAUGACAGUCUGGGUCCCAAAGCUGCCCCUGCACAUCGAACUCUCUGAUGCCCGCCUCAGCCAAGUAAAGGGCUGGAGGGUGCCUGUCCUUCCAGACCGGAGGUCAGCCCGGGAGAGCGAAGACGAGGAGGAAGAGGAAGAGGAGCGGCGACAGAGUGCCAGCAGGGGCUGCACCCUGCAGUACCAGCACGCCACCCUGCAGGUCUUCACCCAGUUCCACACGACGUCCUCUGAGGGUACUGACCAAGUGGUCACCAUGCUGGGCCCAGACUGGCUGGUGGAGGUCACGGACCUGGUCAGCGACUUCAUGCGCGUGGGCGACCCCCGCGUGGCCCACAUGGUGGACAGUAGCACGCUGGCCGGCCUGGAGCCAGGCACCACUCCUUUUAAGGUGGUGUCCCCGCUGACAGAGGCUGUGCUGGGAGAGACGCUGCUGACAGUGACAGAAGAGAAGGUCAGCAUCACACAGCUGCAGGCCCAGGUGGUAGCCAGCUUGGCCCUCUCCCUGCGGCCCAGCCCUGGGAGCAGCCACACCAUCCUGGCCACCACAGCUGCACAACAGACCCUCAGCUUCCUCAAGCAGGAAGCCCUUCUGAACCUCUGGCUCUCCUACAGCGACGGCACCACAGCCCCGCUCUCCCUCUACAGUCCCCGGGACUACGGGCUGCUGGUGAGCAGCCUGGACGAGCGGGUGGCCUCCGUGACCCAGGACCGGGCCUUUCCGCUCGUGGUGGCUGAGGCCGAGGGGUCAGGGGAGCUGCUCCGUGCCGAGCUCACUAUUGCUGAGAACUGCCAGAAGACCAAGCGCAAGAGCGUGCUGGCCACUACGCCAGUGGGCUUGCGGGUUCACUUUGGGCGGGACGAGGAGGACCCCACCUAUGACUACCCGGGCCCCAGCCAGCCGGGGCCUGGCGCGGGGGAGGAGGAAGCCCGAGGAGCUGGUCCACUAGGCACAGCGGUGCCCGCACUGGAGGGCCCCGGCCUGGGCACCUCCAAUCCAGCCGUGCCACCCACAGAAGACUUCCUGCCGCUGCCCACCGGCUUCCUACAGAUGCCACGGGGUCUGACCGACCUGGAGAUCGGCAUGUACGCCCUGCUGGGCGUCUUUUGCCUCGCCAUCCUGGUCUUCCUCAUCAACUGCAUCGUCUUUGUGCUUCGAUACCGGCACAAGCGCAUCCCGCCCGAGGGCCAGACCAGCAUGGACCACUCCCACCACUGGGUGUUCCUGGGUAACGGGCAGCCUCUGAGGGUACAAGGUGAGCUCUCCCCUCCGGCUGGCAGCGCACUGGAGACUGUGCCCGCCUGCUGCCACGGUGACCACCACAGCAGCGGCAGCUCACAGACCAGUGUCCAGAGCCAGGUGCACGGCCGGGGCGAUGGCUCCUCCGGUGGUUCGGCCCGGGACCAGGCCGAGGACCCUGCCAGCUCACCCACCUCUAAGCGCAAGAGGGUGAAGUUUACCACCUUCACCACGCUGCCCUCGGAGGAGCUGGCCUAUGACUCAGUGCCUGCUGGUGAGGAGGAUGAGGAGGAUGAAGAGGAACUGAGUUGGGCCUGCCCGGAUGUGGCGGGCACCACAAGGCCUACUCCACCUCCAGACCUGCACAAUUACAUGCGUAGAAUCAAAGAGAUUGCAUAGAAGCACCUUCCCGGGUGGUCGGGACGUCCACCACGCAGUCUUCUCCGGGUGAGAAUCGGCCAGGACUCCAGCUCACAUGGAUCCAGGGCCAGCUGAUUGAGUUUAUAUCCCUUGCCCUGCAGCUUUGCUCUGAGCCAGCAGCCACCUCCUGGUCCUGUCAGUCGCCCACCUUGACCCUCUCACGCCCCCUGCCGGUGGAGGUCUGCUUCCUCCCAGGUUUGCAGGAGGAGUGAUCCCAGCCUAGCUCUACCCUUCUAGAACCUCUGCCCUGCCUCCAGCAUCACCAGCCCCAAGAGCGAGGCUUGGAGGACACCGGGUCUGGGGCGAGGUGGGCCCAAGCUGUGUCCGGCCCUGCCACCCAAGCACCCUGUCUUCCCCCCAUGCGGGGCGACCUGGGGGUGUUGUGUCACAGGCUGCACAAAGACUUUUCUCAAACCAAUAUUCAGGGAUUUCCAUCCUGCAGGGUGGGAAGAUGGCAGCAACCCGCCUUGCCAAGGAUAUUGCUUCGGACAGAUCGUUUGGGGGACAGCUGUGGGAACUGCCGGCAUCCAGGAGCCCCCAGGGCCCUGGGGCUGACUCUACAGAGGGGCCUGGUACCAAGGAAGCACCUUCCUGGGCUCUUCCAGGGCUGUGGCAGGUCCCCAGGCAGGAGGAGUCCUCGACUCUGUCUCUGGCCACACUUCAAUCCCAUGCUGUGGUCCUCAGGAGCAAAGGAAACUGGGUGUCCCUCCUCCACAGCAGGAGGGACACUGGCACGCCUUAACCGCUGGCUGUGCUCAC